CUUUAAAUAUACCACAACCCUCCCUUGGUUGGCAUGUUUGUUCUUUCUCCCCUUCUCAUCACACUCUCCACCUGUCUCGUAGCAAAGAGACCGACUCUCACUACCAAGAAACUGCAUAGUAGCAAAGAGACCGACUCUCGCUACCAUAAGAAACUGCAUAGUUGUUACCAACACGUUGAGACAUCGGCCAAACAAGCACUUAACCACUAUGACGGCCACAAAUCUCAACAAGGGCGUGAAGCGUCCCGUUCCGCCCAAGGCUGAUGCCCCGAUUCCCAAGCGUCAGAAGCGCGACGGAAACAUCGCCAGUGGCAAGGACAAUGCGACGCCAACUCCCGCAGCAGCGGCCGCCGCUGCCGCAUCGCAGGACUUCGGUGCUCAUAUGAUGACACAGCUUACGUAUGCAGUCGACUUUCUCAAGUCCAAGCGGACCCCCAAGACCCUCCAGGAGAUUCUCGACCACCUAACCCUCCAACACAUGUCCGAGGGCCAGCAGAGUUCAUUCUCCCAGCUUAUGAAGCGGCACUCUCGCAUCCAGUUCAAUCCCACGCCCCGCGCCAAGUCCACCGGAAGCUCUGACCUGCCCGCGUGGCGUACCGGUACCUACGAGUUCAAGGCUAAGCUGCCGGGCGUCACCUCCAAGGUCACACUACUCGAGUAUCUGCAGCACAAGGUGGACGCGUCCUGCACCUCUGUCAAGGACAUCAAAGACGGCUGGCCUGAUUGCGAUGGCGCGAUUGACGAGCUCGAGAAGGAGCACAAGAUCCUAACGGUGCGUACUAAGAAAGACAACCACGCUAAGCACGUCUGGCUCGACAGCCCUGAGCUCCACCACGAGGUCGACGCGGAGUUCCAGGUCAUGUGGGCCAAGAUCAAGCUUCCCCCCGCCGACGAGAUGGUGCGCAAGCUCAAGGCCCUCGGCCAGAAGGCCACCAGCGACGAUCCUCGGGAUCGUAUUGGCAACGCUCCCAAGACGGCCCCGAAGAAGAAGAAGGCGCCUCGCACCCAGAAGCGCUUUGAGAACGCCCACAUGAAACAGCUCUUCGAGAUGAACCCGAACAAACGGAACUAGGGCCUGGCGGGUUAGUUGGCCAGAUCUAUGAUCCCGAUGCAAUGCUUGAUACACCUUUCCACCAUCGGCUGCACAAUAGGAUGCUUCGCAUGACAGCAAAAUGAUAUAAUCCUCACGGGAAACUGACCUAUAUCGAGUUGAUGGUACCCUCGACACUACUUCUACAGAUAAAUGGCGUAGAAGAUCUUUGUCACUGAAAGAAAACACGGGAAUACGAAAGAUCCUAGGCAAAAGGGGGCAGCUUAUUGGCUUCACUUCAUACAGUUCAUCCGUCUUCUUUCCACAGGGAAUUUCAUCCCCGGCUUCAUGGUCUCGGUGUGUUGGCCUCUGUGUCUCGGCGCCCUAACCCUGUCAUCAUAACCUGAAUCUACGAAUCUAUCGCGUCAGUUAGAGGGAGGUGUGUCUCGACUGCACCACUACACGCACAUAAAAUCUCCGACACCCAACUCCCGAUAUCGAUCC